UGAGCUCACACGUUCCAGCGUCGUAGCCGGGCAGGAUUCGUUUGAGAAAGGCAGGCAGGCUGAGCAGUCUGCGGAGAAUCUAGGAUCGUGGAGACCAGGGACGCUGGAAAGAGCCCUUGGCAUCUCAGGUGUGGAAGAAAACCAGAGACGAGGAGGAAGUCUAUGUGAAGUGGGGGGAACGGCUGCUAGUGCAAGUAGGAGCGGAACUUGCUGGUUCUCGCCUGCGCUUGAUCGGACAUGUACGGAGGAACGAUCGGGGAUCAUGUAGGGAUAACAGGGGUGUUACUGUGGGCCGAAACCGGAAAUUGUUGUAGUCUGUUUGGCGAUUUUAAGGCAAUCCUUCAUCCAAGACGGGGAAAAGGAACGAAGUAUCAUCAUCGGUUAUUUUCUUCAACUUCGCGCAGAUCUGCGGAUUAAAGUUUCCGAGCCUUGCCCGGUAUGCGAUUGGUGAUGGGGUAAACGUAGAUUCGUCUUCAACUUGUUGGCCUCGUCGCAGUUGCGAGGAACGAAGGUGGACUUUUUGAUCACUGGGUGUGUGGCUGCUUUGAUUAAUUUGUGGGGAGAAAGAAGAGAUCUGCGAGUGUCUACGUACCAGUACUGGCGACGUUCUUUUACCUUGAUAACGUUGCUCGACGUAUUCCGGGAAAGUGUUUACUGUAGUCGAGUAGCAGGAGCAAGCUUGCGGCUAACGACACAUCGUCGGGGCCACGUGGUUUUCAAGUGUGAAGGGAUCGCAACACCAAAGGCAGCAAGUAUUCAAGAGUUAGAGAAGUAUGUCAUUAUGGGGUUUCGAUGGUGGGGAGAACACACUGACUACUUGGUCUUCUCUGGGUCAGUUCGAUGACAUGGUAUGGAACGAAUUUGGAGAGAACGGAGAUCAUGUGGUGCCGCACCCUAACGGCAAUCAAAAUGGAACGGCUUGGACGUCAAAUGGAGACCACCGCAAGAAACUAGGUAGUGACGGUACUUUCAGUUGUUUAUCGAAUCGAGAUUCGCCUGCUUCGAAAGGAGGAUCAGACAGCUGUACUGAAACUUCCGAGUCGGACCAGCUCGACGAAGAUAAGGAUGAGUCCAAGGGCGAGGAAGUGCCAAUGGAAGACAUGCUACCCGGAGGCUCAUGGAGUGAUCUUGGCAGCGUGGUCGAUCUUCCUCUGGAGUCUCAACCAUUUGACUCCGGGCCGCUUCAGGAGGCACGUAGUAGGGCAGAUAUUUCCGAGUGCGAGGAGGAAUUGAAGGACCAACGCGUUAGAAUGCUUAGUGAAGAUGUCCAACUCUUCAUAGGUGAAGAGGAUGGAAGUAUGGUAACAGACCCUUUCUCUCUAACUGAAGUGGGUUCACAAUCUGGAGGAUUAGAGCCUUUCGGAGAUGAGAAUACUCCCAGUAAGGGCGUGAGCUUGCUUGACUUGGGAUGGGCAAACAUCGGUAAUCUCGACGAUAUGGACAAGCUUUUCCGAAACAACGAUGCCUCUUUCGAGCCCGUGAUGGCCGGUAACGCAGACGGUCUGGAGUGGCCAUCUUCAUCUCCGAACCCUGUCAGCAACUCGGAAACAAGCCUGCAGUUUGAGAAGACUCCUCUUGGGGUAGAAGCCGUGAAACCAGCGGUGGUUAAGGUUGAGGUCGAUGCUGCGGAGAACAAAAUACAGCCUACAUCAUGUGAGGAAUCGCCAACUGUGCGGUCCUCAGAUAAGAGCCAGGAUACGGCUGGAGUUAAAGAUUUGACCUCUGCUGUCGCCAGUCCGAAGUCGUCCAGCUUUCAAAAGAGUGCACCUGCGCAGCAGCCUCCAGCGCGUCGACCAGAGAAAAACGACGUUGUACACGAAGCAAAGGCACACAGAGCACGGAGACAUGCAGCUAAUAGAAAGCGGAGCGAAGAGAGGUUUAAGCGAGGGGCGUGUUACCGAAAGCUGUCUCCUGGCCCUCCCUAUGCUGUCAACACUCAUGGUGAUAUGAUGCAACUGCCAAUUCGAAUGCUUGGUCAGCCAUCACAUCUGCAACCAGGUCCUUCUCCAUCUGCCCUUCAAGUUUAUGCUCAGCCGCCGGGUCUUAUAAGCAUGUCCCCUGCGUAUCAAUUGCCUCCAAAUCUUCCAUACAUCCAAGUGGGAUACCCCCUUCAUCACAUGCCCAUGAUGUCACCAUGCCCAGCAAAGCCCAUAUCACACAUGCAGUAUCCUCAACCUAUGUUCGUUGACUUGCAACCACCAAACAUCCAUUCCCAGAAACCUUCUAACCAACACGGAACUCCGAUACCCAGCCCGUUAGCUCCUAAAGUGCCCUUUCAAACUCCCGGCCCAAUCGAACAGCAACAGCAGCACCCAGUACCUGUACGGCCCAGUUUUGAUGCCUCUUGUCGUCCGCCAACCUGCAGUCCUAGCAUGACCCCGCAAGAGAAGUUGGAAAAAUUGCGGUGGAGGCAGCAAAUGCAAGCCAUAAUUGCUGUGGAACAGCAGCAAAAGCAGCUAUUGGCAUCUCAAAAUGGUGGCGCCAUCGAGCCUCCGAUAUAUCAUAGGCCACAACAUACAACUUCGCAGAACUUGGCACCAGGAAGACUUUCGACAGAAUCCUCCGAUGGACGUUUGAAGUCUGUAAUGGAUACAGAGCACAAGACACUUGUCCCAGCUGGAGGUGACAUCCCAGCUACUACUAGUGGUGAAAACGAGGACUCAUCGCUCGAGGGAUCCGUGCUUUGCCAGCUUGAAAUGACAAUUUCACAACUUGAUAUAAAGACACGUUUGGUCAUACGAAACGCUCUCUAUCGUCUGGCUAGAAGUGCGAGGAAACGACGAGCGGCAGGCGGAGAAAAUGGAUGUAGUAGUCAAAGUUCCGGCGAGCGCACGAGUGGAUGUAAUGGAGUGGAAUCUUCCACUGCCAGCGACUCCCCAUCGUGUAGAGGAUCAAGGGCAACAAGCAUGAGCGAGGUGGAGACAGAAACAAAUCCGAUCGAUCGGACCAUAGCCAAACUUUUGUUCUGUAAACCUCCACCUCAGUACAUUCCAGGACCUAUGUACAUUACGGAAAAGUCUCCUUAUCCUGGCGUACCUCAACUACCGGCAGGUGUUCCAAACGCUCCUUGGGGAUGGUCCUCCGCAGCUGUACCCCCGAACAAUGGUGUAGGUCCGCCCGGGCUUCCUCCUGUCUCGACGUCUCUUCCUUGGGGAGGCACAUAUGACGAGAGAUCAACACUCGCCCCCGCUUGGGCUCCUCCGCCUGUGAUGAAUGGGUACAGAACUCCUGUUCUGACUGGUUAUCGUGUGGAUCCACGAUUCGGGACUAAUACUCCUGUUUCCAAGUUGAGGGAUAAUGUAGCGGGAUUGAAUUUCGCAUCUGCUUCUAAGUCUGAACAUAAAGAGGAGAGUAGCAUGUCUCCAGUGCCAUCUCUACAAACUGAGAGCUGUUCUUCAGCUGGGCUUGUGGUGCGAAAUCACGUCAGAGUCAGUAAUUCAUCCGUUUCAGGCGCCAACUGUCAUGCCAUGGUGAAGCCACAAGACGUAGAGUUGAACACGGAUGCAUGCAAGACAACGAUGGAGAUAUUAGGUGAUACCCCACCGCUUAGUAGUACUGCUUUCGUGCCUGACCGAAUCCCACCCCGGGCCACUGCUAGCGUUGGAGUUCAAGAAGCUUCACUGGGUAGUCAAUUUAAGUCCGCAAACGAUAGUGAGCAGGUUUUUGCUCAAGGAAACGGAACUCCAUGCAUUAAUGAUGAUCCUGUACAGUUCUUGUCGUCAACCCUCCCAGACGAAGCGGGGAUUAUUGACCAGAAACCUGUCUUAGAGAGCCUUAGUUUCCCUACGGGCAGAUUAGACGUGGUAUCACACUCCAAAGAAGGAAUUUUGGAAGGUUUGAGGUAAAGUUGUAAUUAUAGGCGCCUUUAGUAUAAAGACACCCCAUCGCGCCGCGGCCUCGUCCUCACUCUGCAGAAAUGUACACAUACAGCUGAGUUUUGUUUCCAACUUCAAUUCGGUAUCUUGAGCUGAGUCUCGUGACUCGUGCAAGAUGCUUUGGAAGGCGCACCUUGGUACGGACCGUAAAAAAGCUAUCCCCUUCCAUGAAGGUGUCUUAUAUGAUCAGUUCUUACAUCAAUGAAAAGAAGGUGAAGAUUGAAGGUAGAAGGUAUUUUUGUUUCAGAUACUGUCCGCUGAUGGCAAGAAUUAUGACCGAGUCUGAUUCUUGUUCCGACGUAUCUCUACCUCUGAAGUACUGUCUGUGUUAGGUGCGCAAUGUUUUGCGGGACCUUUCAGACAAGGUUAUUUUACUUAUUAGGAACUAAAUUGUACCUGGGUGAAGAAGAUUCAUAGCUCGUCAUAGAGGCAGACUCUCCAGAAUACACAUCGACAAAGCCUACAACAGCUGGGAUACUCAAGGGACGGGAGAGAUAUCCCUACAUGUAUAUUACUCGUGAUAAAUGAUGUCACUAAGCUUCUCCUCCUCCUCGAAUACACUCUGUCCAAUUUUGUGGAGAUUCUUCUGGAGGGCGGAUAAUUAUUUUAAAGUUCAUAAUUAUGAGGCGCUUGGGAGUUGGCAUUGAAUGGUCCAAGUUUUACGAUCGAUGUCAACAUUUGUAUCGAGGAUGUGGAUGGAGACGAGUUCUUAUGCUGUACGGCUGAAACUCUCUCACCGAAGUUGAACUCUUCGAUGUCAUUUAGUCAUGGUUCAGCCGUAGGAGUUCUCUAUCCUCAUCACUGAUCGAGUCAGCGUACGAUCAAGGCGUGUUGUAUAUUCCUACUAUUGAAGAAGUGCGAUGAAGGUUUGAGAAGCAGUGAAUGGUAAUGGAGAAACUUUUUUGAAGACCGAUGUAAGGCCCGAUCUCGUGUGCCAGGUCAUCUUCGUUUCAUCGCUAAAGAUGUCAUUCCAGUCGGCUUGCAUCAUUUUAGGAGCUCAUGGGCUUAUUGAUGAAGGCUCGAACCUACCGUUUCCACAUCCCAAUUGACAGCUGAAGACGGAACAGAACAUUUGUAGCUCAGCACAUUGCUAAAAUUGAGUCACUCUGGGUUGUCAUAUAUCGGGCUUCUCUUCGUCGCCAAUGACUCAUAGAGCAAUACAAUAGUACUUGAAGAAAUUUUUUUGAAAUUAACUGAUAUCCUCUCACAAAUGGGAAAGCUAGCACAUUUAAUUUACGACACAUGUGUGGAGAAAGCGAUUUUUUAGUCUCUAAAACACUGUACCUAUUGCCUGCAUUUUUAUGACUUCGACUAUAAUCAGACGAUCUUGUUCGUUACUUACAAGAAGAUUAUGAUGUUUGCAACGAUCGAUGCGGGUAACUAGACGUGGAGUACUGAGCUGACUAGCAGAAGGCUUUAUCGGAACAUGAAUUACUUUUCUUGACGAUGGCCUUUCCACACAUUCCGGAAUCGCCAAAUCUUAAGUGGCAUUUUGUGAAAUUUGCAGCUAAAGGCGGUCAACUAAGUUGAAGAUGGGAGUUCGAAUCACCUUUCAGUAAUUGUAGGGAGGUUCUAGAGAAAGAACUUGCGGGUUUGAGGGUGAAGUUAUGAUCACUCCGUUGAAACGCUAUGAACGUCUUAAAUGUCGUAUACAAGGUUGUCUCAUGUGAAAAUUUAAUAAAAUCACCAGCACCUACAGC